CCUCGUUGGUCGCGUUCAGUUCGGCUCGGCAAGGGCAGGAUGGCGGCGAACACCGGGAACCUGCCGAUGCGGUUGCUGCGCAAGAAGCUCCACAAGCGCAACCUCAAGAUACGUCAGCGCAAUUUGGCCCGGCAAGGAGCGGCCGACCCACUGGCCCCGGGGCCAUCCGGAACAACAGCUGAGGACAUCUCAGAAGCAGUGAUGGAAGAUAAAAUAAAGGCUGUGGAGCAACCUGAUGUAAAGAUAAAUGCUGAGGAGGCUGGAUGCACACAACCUGAGCUGACGAAGAAGAAGAAGAAAAAGAAAAAAAGAAAAAUAGUGAAUGAUACAGAAAAUGGUACAGAGACUAAAAAAGCAAAAAAUGAGGAAGAGUUUGGUGAUGUAGAAGAGGCCUUAAAUGGAGAGCCUAAAGAAGAAAAUAGUGACAGCAUGGAUGAGAAAGAGGUGGAUGGAGAUGCGGAUGGACCUGUCUUGCCUCUAGGACUAACAGGUGCUUUUGAAGAUACGUCAUUUGCUUCUCUUAAUGGCCUUGUCAGUGAGAACACAUUGAAAGGAAUAGCUGAAAUGGGUUUUACACACAUGACAGAAAUUCAGCAUAAAAGUAUUAAACCACUUCUGGAAGGCAGAGAUAUUCUAGCAGCUGCAAAAACCGGCAGUGGCAAAACACUUGCAUUUCUUAUUCCAACAAUAGAACUCAUCUACAAGUUAAAAUUCAUGCCUAGGAAUGGAACGGGCGUCCUCAUCCUUUCCCCUACACGGGAGCUUGCCAUGCAGACGUAUGGUGUUCUCAAGGAACUGAUGACACAUCAUGUCCACACCUAUGGCUUAGUAAUGGGAGGCAGUAAUAGAUCAGCUGAGGCCCAGAAACUGGCAAAUGGUAUAAACAUCAUUGUGGCAACUCCAGGCCGACUUCUAGACCACAUGCAGAAUACUCCAGGGUUUAUGUAUAAGAACCUUCAGUGCCUGGUAAUUGAUGAGGCUGAUAGAAUUUUAGAAGUUGGGUUUGAGGAAGAAAUGAAACAGAUCAUAAAACUUCUGCCAAAGCGAAGACAGACCAUGCUGUUCUCUGCUACGCAAACCCGAAAAGUUGAAGACCUGGCAAAGAUUUCUCUAAAAAAGGAGCCAUUGUAUGUCGGGGUUGAUGACAAUAAGGAGACUGCAACUGUAGAGGGUCUUGAACAGGGCUAUGUAGUGUGCCCUUCAGAGAAGAGGUUCCUCCUGCUGUUUACUUUUCUCAAGAAGAAUCGGAAGAAGAAGCUGAUGGUAUUCUUCUCUUCAUGUAUGUCUGUGAAGUACCAUUAUGAACUUCUUAACUAUAUUGAUCUGCCAGUCCUGGCCAUUCAUGGCAAGCAGAAACAAACGAAACGCACAACCACAUUUUUCCAGUUCUGUAAUGCAGAUUCUGGCAUACUCUUGUGCACAGACGUAGCUGCCCGAGGACUGGACAUUCCUGAGGUCGACUGGAUAGUUCAGUAUGACCCACCAGAUGAUCCCAAGGAAUACAUUCAUCGUGUCGGUAGAACUGCCCGGGGUAUAAACGGAAGAGGACACGCUCUGCUUAUUUUACGACCAGAAGAAUUGGGUUUCCUGCGUUACCUAAAGCAAGCCAGGGUACCAUUAAAUGAAUAUGAAUUUUCUUGGUCCAAAAUUUCUGACAUCCAGUCCCAGCUGGAAAAAUUGAUUGAGAAAAACUACUUUCUUCACAAGUCAGCCCAAGAAGCAUACAAAGCCUAUAUAAGAGCUUAUGAUUCCCAUUCUCUGAAGCAGAUCUACAAUGUCAAUAACUUGGAUCUGCUCAAGGUUGCUCUGUCUUUUGGCUUCAAGGUUCCACCAUUUGUGGAUCUCAAUGUAAACAGCAGCCAUGGGAAGAGAUUGCAAAAACGAGGUGGCGGUGGAGGGUUUGGCUACCAGAAGUCAAAGAAUGUCCAGAAAUCCAGAAUCUUCAAGCACAUUAACAAGAAAAAAUCGGAUAGCAGACAAUUUUCCCGCUGAAGUGCUUAUUUGGUUUUCAAUGAAAGAAAAAAACACACAUUUUUACCCCCCAUACUAUCCAGCAAAGUGCAUUCAGCAUAGAAUUAUGUAUAGAAUUUAAGAUUUAGACUUCAGCAUAUGCACAAUCCAGGCCAUGGUGAGCAGGGUGCUUGCACAUGGAAGAUGCACAUGGGUUCCCUCUCCCAGCCUCUGCUUACAUAGCACAUCCAUAGAAAUGGGAGAAGCCCUGAUGUCCCAUCAUGGAAAACAGAAGGCCUAUGCUUGUGUCCCACAGCCCCAUGCCAUCUUCCCAGCCUCUCUGUGCAGUGCAGAAUACUGGUCCUCCUGAAACAAGGCUACAUUGAAUCCUCUGCAGGCAGGAGUUUGUGUUCACAGUGGAGUGGCUCAGAUUUAUGCACCCCUAGUGUGCUAUGUUGUGCUAUUUGCAUUUUAAAACGUCCUAUAUUUCCUUCCAAAAUCCUUUAAGUGAUGUGCUAUCUUUGGGAAUCUGAACAUAGUAGGCUAUAUGUUGCUUUUGCAGGGAAUAAUUAAUACAAUUCUUUUUUCUACUCAAAUGUUUUUGUAUUGCAAUCUUCCCUCUGUUGCCCUACAAAGCAAAGGCAGAUUUCCACUUGCUACACUAUGGGAUGUUCAGAAGCUCUUGAGAGGUUUGACUGACCACUGGGACCAUACUUAGAAAUUCUAGAUGGGCUUUUUUUUUUUCCCCUUGCCUUACCAAGUGGCACUUCUUUUCCUCCAAACCUUCAAAACAUUCUUUCUGCUUUUUGAAGAAUAAAGGAUGUUUGAAGAAGAGAGAA